CGAGAGCGAGAUACGCGCAGGAUGUUUGGACGCUCGGCUUCCUUCCUCUCCGGACCCGGCUAUGAAUACACCGCCGCCAGAGGACCGAUGGAGAGAUGGAGCUCCAUUUCUAAAAGCCUCUCGACGGAGGGUUCCGUGUCCGAGGAUCUGAAUGAAGUUUUGGAAUGAAAACCGAUAUUUCUGUUCCUGUGCGUCACGACCGCCGACCGGAUGGAUUCCACCGAGUUGAACAUCGGAGCUUUCCUACUUCUUUACUUAUGUCUGAGUCGUUUUAGUAAAGUAUAUAUUCAAGUCAAAGUAGUUUUACCACAGGGGAACAACAUCCUCUGUUAAAGUCCGGCAUUCCACAUAUUUCAAUGGAGCAAAAGCCCAGAUUGCCUUCCUGCAGGGCGAGAGGCGGGGCCAGGAGAACCUGAAGAACGACCUGGUGAGACGCAUCAAGAUGCUGGAGUACGUCCUCAAGCAGGAGAGGGCCAAAUACCACAAGACGAAAUACGGCACGGAGCUGAACCAGGGCGAGAUCAUCCCUCCCAGCUAUGACUCAGAUGAGGGGGAUGACAGUGAGGCUCCCAGUCCUCCAAACAGCAGCCAUCAGCUCAGCUGGAAACAAGGACGCCAGCUGCUCAGACAAUACCUACAGGAAGUGGGCUACACGGACACCAUCCUGGAUGUGAAGUCUCAGCGGGUGCGAGCGCUGCUCGGUCUGACCGGAGACUCGGGGGAGAAACCCGCGGAGAGGAGAGCCGAGCCGAUGGUCAACGGCACCGAGCCGUCCUCGCCGAAGGGCGGCGGCGUGGACGGCAAACCCGACGGGUCGGACUCGGUCGGCGCGUUGGAGGCCUUCAAGUUCAUCGAGAGCGCGGCGGCCGAAUUCAGCGACGAUGAGGAGGAGGAGGAGGACAGCGAAGGGCGGCACCGGAGCGUGUCGCACCUGGCUACGAUGGUGAGGAAGAAACAGUCGUCCACUCCGUCCUCCACGACCUCCGACCUCAGCGACGACCCCGACACGGAGGAGGCUCUGAAGGGGUUCGACUUCCUGGCGGGGCCCGACGAGCCGGACGGGUCGCCGGUGUCCAGGAGCGGGGAGGACAGCGGGGAGUGGGAGAAGGAAGCGUCUCCCCAGGGGGAGGUGUCCUGGGACGUGGACCAGGGCCUGAUCUCUCAGCUCAAGGAGCAGUACAGGAAGGAGCGCAAGGGCAAGAAGGGAGUAAAGAGGCCAAACCGGUCCCGGCUCCAGGACAUGCUGGCUAACCUGCGUGAGGGGGAGGAGCCUCCGUCCCUGCAGCCGGCGACGACGCCCCCGUCCAGGCCCAGCGUUCCCAGGCUGAAUGAGCAGGAAGCCGGUCGCCCUGACGACGAGGCGAUGACGUUCCUGCCGUCCAACGGGAAGUCGUUCAUUAUGGGCCGAGCGGACGAGGUGGUUUCCAACGAGCUGGGACUGGGAGAACUGGCCGGACUGACGGUCGCCAACGAGGCCGACAGCCUGGCGUACGACAUCACCAACACCUCGGACGCUCUGAGGAAAACCUGGAACUCCAAGUUCACCCUGCGGAGCCACUUCGACUCGAUCCGGAGUCUGGCCUUCCACCCGGUGGAGCCGGUCCUGGUCACGGCCUCCGAGGACCACACCCUCAAGCUGUGGAACCUCCAGAAGACAGCGCCCGCCAAGAAAUGUGCAGCGUUGGACGUGGAGCCCAUCUACACCUUCAGAGCUCACAGCGGCGCCGUGCUGUGCGUCACCAUGAGCUCGAGCGGCGAGCAGUGCUUCAGUGGCGGCGUGGACGGCACCAUCCAGAGCUGGAACACCCCCAACCCCAACAUCGACCCCUACGACUCGUAUGAGCCCUCGGUCCUGCGGGGGGUGCUGUACGGUCACACGGACGCGGUGUGGGGCGUGGUCUAUAGCUCCGCCCACCAGCGCCUCCUCUCCUGCUCGGCCGACGGGACGGUCCGGCUGUGGAACGCCGCCAACACCUCGCCGUCCCUCGCCGUGUUCAACGAGCGAGAGCUCGGCGUGCCGACCUCGGUGGACCUGGUGAGCAGCGACCCGGCGCACAUGGUCACGGCCUUCAGCGGCGGACACAUCGGCCUCUUCAACAUGGAGACCAGGCAGCUGGUCCUGAAGCUGGAGUCGGCCGGGCCGCCAGAAUCUCCGUGCAAGAUCAAUAAAGUGCUGAGUCACCCCACGCUGCCCAUCACCAUCACGGCUCAGGAGGACCGGCACAUCCAGUUCUUCGAUAAUAACACAGGUAAACUGAUCCACUCCAUGGUCGCCCACCUGGACUCGGUCACGUGUCUCGCUGUGGAUCCAAACGGACUUUACCUCAUGUCUGGAAGUCACGACUGCUCCGUCCGCCUGUGGAACAUGGAGAGCAAGACGUGCAUCCAGGAGUUCACCGCCCACCGCAAGAAGUCCGAGGAGUCGAUCCACGACGUGGCGUUCCACCCCACCAGGUGCUACAUCGGCAGCGCCGGCGCCGACGCGCUCGCCAAGGUCUUCGUAUGACCGGGAAACUCGCCCCGGGGGGCGGAGCCUCAGAAAAAGAGAGGCGAGAAGGUGGAGUUCUGCUCCGCCUCCCUUGAGGAAGCACAAAGCUGAAGCUGACUGUUUACCUGGACUGUCCCUUUAAGAGGUGUCCAAUGUAGGAGGACACACACACACAAGUAAACUCACAAAUAAACACACACACACCCUUUCGGACUUAGGCUGGCCCGGGUCACGAAACAAACAAACCUCUGGAUGAAACAGGAAGUGGAAUAUAUAUAUAUAUAUAUAUUAGGAGAACUCUCGGUUCAUUUUUAGUAAAGCUGGAAUAAUUAUUUUUUAUUUUUCUUUAACUCUCUCCGGCAUCGUUGACCCCAAACCCAGAGCCAGUGUUGGUGAUUGUUCAUAAUUAAUGUGCCUUUUUUUACUCACAAAACAUUAAUUAUUUUAGGUGUUGAGGAAAAUAGAGUUUGGUUAUUGAGAAGAUCGGCCUUCAUUUAAUUUAAUUUUUUUUGAAAGUAAGAAAAAAGAAAACCCGAUUGUGAGUUUAAAGCGUCGGCGUGUCGGAUACAGAGGCCUCUAGUGGUGAGAUUGCAGAUUGCAAUCAACUGAAUACCCGACAAAGGGCUCAAAAACACAAUGAUUCUUAGUAUCAGGGAGUUAUACUCUCAUAAAAACAUAGCUAUGAAUAUUUGUAUUCCAUUUCUGCCAAUAGAGCCCAUGAAAUCCGACACACUGGCCCUUUAAGAGAGCAGCCGGGGGCAGAGAACCACCGAGCUGCAGCACGCUGGUGUCUCUUUUAAUGUCGACACGGGGUCAUUCGUGGCCUCCACAUUCCCACCGAACACACACACACACACACACACACACACACACGUAUCUUUUAUAUCUGACCCCCACAGAAGAUGAACACUACGGAGGACUUUUAUUUUUUAUUUAUUUACCUGCCUGUCAGAACUGUGACACGUUGACGAUGCCUGUGAGAUGAUACAUGGAGCCUCCACCUGCAAACACACUACCUUGACAGUUUUAGAGUGACUCGAGAGGAAAAAACAACAACAACAAAUGUAUCUGAAUUAACAGAAAUAUAUAUUUUUUUAUAGUUGUACUUUUUUUUUUGCAGGGUUGUGAAAUAUUUUGUCUCGCAUCUCUUCAUAUUUAUUAGUUUUGGUCAAUGUGGUGGUGCCGAGGCUCCGUUUGAAAACCUGCUGCUUUUUUAUUAUUAUUGAUUAUUUAUAUUUGAACGUUUGUGAGAAAAUGCAGCGAGGGGGAAAAAAUGCAACAUUAAAUUGUUUCUCAUUUAUCUAUUUUACUUUGAUCACAGAGUAUUUAUUAAUUAACUAAAGACGCCAAAUCAAAGAAAAAAGAUGGAGACGAGUCUAUGUUGCUCAUGUUGUCGAGUUGUAGCACUUUUAGAAACACAAGCUCCUCCCCUCAUGUGGAAAAGCUUUAUACGCUGACUGCCUGAACAUAUUGUAUUUUGAUUAAUUAUUAUCAUUAUUAUUACAUCAUAGGGAACGAUUGCUAGUUUUUUUUAAACGGGUUGUGGAUGUUUGGUGACAGAACUUUCUGUUUUACUUGAAAGGUGAAUUUUAUUCCUUCUGGGGCGUCGUACGAAUACAGAACUUUGACCUCUUAUCACGACAUAACAGUUCCACUACAUACCAAGAUUAUCAUCUCAAAAGAAACGCAGCGGCGUUGGUGGGACGGAGGGAAACUUCGGGGAGUUUGCGUUGCACUUCUUUUUAACGUAAAUUGAAAAAAAUAAUGCAAAAAAAAUGUGUACAGCUUUGAAGUCUCGGAGCAUAUCUAUUUAUGAAUGUGGUUUAAUUUAAGGGAAACUAGUCGAGCCGAGGGAUCAAAACUUUACAGCGGCAACGUUUUUAAUUCAGCUUUUCCUGCAGAAGCGAUGCAGAAGAUGUGGAGUCUGCUCCUUCAAAACAACGGUUUUAACUUCACUGGCAAAACAUUCAUUCAUAAAUUAAGUUCAUGUUCACAGUGUGGAGUUCUCUUCUCCAAAAUACACUAAAUUAUCACAUUCAGAGGCACAACAUCACACGUUUACAGGUGUUUUUUCCUGAAUAAUCACAGCGGCAUCGGGCGACGUCGUCACUGUACGACAUUUUACUCCGCACAAUGAAAUACACACGGGCGGCUUUUUUUUCUUCUUUUCAUUUACUUGACGUUUCACAUUAUUUUCCACUCUGACAUAUUUGUGGGGAAAGUUGGAUCGACCAAUCGGAGAGACCCGCAAUUUUUUAAAAGAUUUUAUAUUUUGUUUUCUUCGGUGGCCAAAAGCAGAACUGAGUAAUUCCUUUUAUUCAGUUUUCCUGUAAAUGAUUGUUGUCCUAAAAUGUGUACAGUGAACCUAUUAAAAAGAGAUUAUAGAUGCUAAUCUGGAUGUACAUACAGGUGUAGUUUAUUUUUUUCUUUUUUUGCUUUGUUGUUGGGGUUGUUUUUUGUUUUUUUUAAAUGGGAGAGCGAUUUAUCAGUAACAACAAUAAAGAAAUAUGUUGUAUAUCAUGACUGA